AUGAAAUUUAGUCAUGAUAGACCAACUUCAAAGCUAAUAAAUUCAAGACCUACUGCUACUCAAGCUCAAUCCACUAGUCCUCACUUCAAUCACACUAAUCAUAAUGGAAAAAAGAAAAAAAGAAGCGAUAAAAUAUUUGAGAUUAGUAAGCCAACAAAAUUUGAACAUGGAAUUCAUGUAGAAUAUAAUAACGAAAGUGGCAAAUUCGUGGGAUUGCCAGAUGUUUGGCAAAAAAAUUUACCAAGUGAUGAUAUACUUAAUACAAAAUAUAUAAAUCCACUUUUAGUUCCAACUCUUGAACCAUCUGAUGGAAAUGGAGCACCGGGUAAAAAUAUAGGAAUACCCUAUAAUUUUAAACAUAAUGUACAUGUUGGACUUGAUGAAGCUGGAUUUAUGGUUAUACCGCCAGAAUGGAAGGCCCAACUUGAAUCUGCAGGAAUUACCGAAGAUGAUUUUAAAAAUCGUCCCGAAGCAGUAAAUAGAUUAUUACAUAUGUUAGCAAAUGAUAAUCAGCAACGUCAAAUUUCCUCCUUAUCUUCAAUUACUAAUAUUGCACAUCAGCGUUCUGUAUCCUUGGGUUCUCACACUCCACAACCUUACAUACUUCCAUCACCUUCUCCCGCCCCAUCAACUCUUAAUGUCAAUGCUGACAAUUACAAUAACAAUGGCAACAAUUAUCCAACCUUAAUAAGGAAAGGUUCAGCAUCAUUAUUAAAAUCUCCUGUCAGAAAAUAUUCAAGUCCUUCUCUUUAUCACACUCAACCAAAUGACUUAUUUAAUAAUUCUUCGGAAUUAAUAGAUUCACCGAACUAUCACAACAGAAACAGUAAUAAUAAUAUAAAUAGUCAAAGAAAAGGUUCGGCAAGUUCACAAAAUUCUGCAAAUGAAUCAACCAGCUCAUUUCCUUUCACCAACACAUAUUACGACACUCCUUCGAUAGCUUCUCCAAGAUUACCAAGGACUUCUAGUUUGUCUUCCCCAAUAAAAGAAUCCCAAUCUACCAUCAAUAACACAACUAGUUAUUCGUCUCAAAAUCAAAAUCAUUAUAAUUAUAAUUAUAAUAGCGAUAACAAUGAUUCAUUUAUCAACAGUCCUGUUUCUCCAAGAAAAUACUCAAAUUCUUCUUCUUCUUCAAAUAAUAACACUACGCAUUUAAGGGAUUCUACAAGUUCAAUAAUAAAUAAUAAUAAAGAUAGGCCUAUUUCUUCCACUUCAAAAACAAGUGAUUAUCCUUAUUCUCCUAUAACAAUGCGUGACAGGCCAACGUCACCAAUUCCAUCCUCACGAGACAGGCCACUGUCACCAAAUCCAUCGUCGCGUGACAGACCAAUGUCACCGAUUCCAUCUUCACAAAAAUCACCUUAUAAAAUAAGAGAUUCUCGUGGCGCAGAAAUAAUUAAUAUUCCACCACCACCUAACUAUCGACCCACAUCACCUAUACUUCCACCACCACGUGUAAUUCCACCAAUUCCUACCACAAAAAAAAUUGAACCACCUCCAAGACCUCCCCACAGACAAAAUAAAGCCCGACCAAUUAGCCAAAAAUAUUUAUCAGAUUCAAUUUCUAGUUCGCAAAAAGACUAUAUCAAGAAUAUUCACAAUAAAAAACAAUAUAGUGUUGGUUCACUGCCAGCAUUUUCAUCAUUAUCAAAUAUUCCAUAUGAAAAGGAACAAAAAGAAAAAUCAUCGUUUUCAAAAAAACAGAAUGAUGAUGAUUCAGUGCAAUCCUAUAUAAAUCCUGAUUUGUUACCGAAAGAAAUUCGUCAUUUAGUUGAAAUUUUGGAUAUUGGAGAACCAAAUGAAAUUUACGAUAACAUGUUACCGAUUGCUGAAGUUGAAUAUAUUGGUUGUUACUACACUGUUGAUUCACUUUGGGUAGCGAUGGAAUGUAUGGAAGCAUCAUUGGCUGAUAUUAUAUCGAUGUAUCCUGAUGGUCCAAAAAUCAACGAAUUUCAAAUUGCAAGAUUUAUGAGAGAAACACUAAAAGGCAUCUCAUAUUUACACAAAUCACGAGUCAUUCAUCGAGAUAUUCGAAGCGAUAAUAUAUUAUUAAAUAAUAACGGUGACAUUAAAAUUGCUGAUUUCGCACAAUCUAUACAAUUGACCGACAAACAACCUUAUUGUGAUUCAGUGGUAGGUACGCCAUAUUGGAUGGCACCAGAAGUUAUAUUAGGGUCACAAUAUGGCACCAAGGCUGAUAUUUGGAGUCUUGGUAUUGUGAUGAUUGAAAUGGCCGAAGGAGAUCCACCAUACAUUGAACAUCCCGGAUUGAAGGCAGUUGUAAUGAUAGCCAAACAUGGAAUUCCUGAUUUAGUUAAUCCUGAGAGAUGGACAAAAAUAUUCAAGGAUUUCCUUGCCAAUUGUAUAGAAACUGAUACAACUAAACGAAAAUCUGCAGAUGAAUUGUUAACACAUCAAUUUCUACAAAAUGUAUCGACAAACAGUGAGAUUCAGAGAAUGUUGCAAGAAUUUCAAUAUCAUAAUGUUAAUGGUGAUAUCAAUCAAAAUGAUGUGAAGAAAGAAUAUCAUAAUGAUUAUGAUUAUGAUUACGAUGAUGAUAAUAUAAUAAAUGAUUACGGUUAUGAAGAAGAUCAUAAUGAAAUAUAUUCUGGAUAUGUAAAUAUUGUUAGCAAUAAUGGAAAUGAGGAGGUAGAUGAUGAUGCUGAUUAUUAUAUUAAUAGUAUUUCAAAUAAUUUUGACGAUUCUAGUAUUGGAUAA